AGGAUUCAUAAAAAACUGAAAGGUAAACGUGAACCAGAGCCCAGAGAUGAUUCAGUGGUGCCUCCAAAGAAGUCCAAACGUUCUGGACCUCGAUUCUCAGAACCCAGCUGUGUGUCCAUUAAGAGUAAUAUGUCAAAGGGUAAACUCAUUAACCUCCAAUCUUCGGGAGCUUCAUCCUCAGAAAGAUGCCUUGUAGAGGACCUUGAAGAGGACCUUCAGAUAUCAGAGUCUUCCUGUGGUUCAUCUGUCCUGAAACCUCAAACUUCUCGGGACUCCGAUUGUAUUUUUCAACAGUUGGAGGACAACAUUGCCACUUUUGUGAAGAACGAGUUGAAGAAGAUCCAGAGGCUUUUGAGUCCAGGUGAUCCAGAAUGUUUGGAGAGCCAAAGGGAUGAAGAGGAGGUAUUGGAAGAUGAGGAUGAAGAGAAGAGAAGCAGCAGAGAGGCACUUAUGAAGAUCAUAGUGAACUUCCUGAAAAUUAUGAAGCAGGAGAAGCUGGUUGAAUGUCUUUUGAGCAAAUCUCCCAAAUUUUGUCAAGACAAACUUAAAUCUGGUCUGAAAAAGAGGUUCCAGUCUGUGUUUGAGGGAAUCGCUAAAGCAGGAAGUCCAACCCUUCUGAACCAGAUCUACACAGAGCUCUACAUCACAGAGGGAGGAACUGGAGAGGUCAAUGAUGAACAUGAGGUCAGACAGAUUGAAGCAGCAUCCAGGAAACCAAACAGACCAGAAACAACAAUCAGACCAGAAGACAUAUUUGGAGACUCAUCAGGAGGAGAUGAACCAAUCAGAACAGUGAUGACACAGGGAGUGGCUGGCAUUGGGAAAACAGUCUUAACCCAGAAGUUCACUCUGGACUGGGCUGAAGGCAAAGCCCACCAGAACAUCCAGUUCAUAUUUCCAUUCACCUUCAGAGAGCUGAAUGUGCUGAAAGAGAAAAAGUUCAGUUUGGUGGAACUUGUUCAUCACUUCUUCACUGAAACCAAAGAAAUCAGCAGCUUUGAAGACUUCCAGGUUCUGAUCAUCUUGGAUGGUCUGGAUAAGAGUCGACUUCCUCUGGACUUCACCAACAAGGAGAUCCUGACUGAUGUUACAGAGUCCACCUCAGUGGAUGUUCUGCUGAUAAACCUCAUCAGGGGGAAACUGCUUCCCUCUGCUCUCCUC